AUGUCACUAGAAGAAAAGCUCGACAAGAUCCGAUCGCCAAAGCUACAAAGUCAACAACAGGCAAGCCGCACCUCCCACUACUCUACUCGGGUUGUGUUGGCCGCUGUCGAAGACACACUCCGGGACCAAAAAACAGAACCGUCGCCAACGGGAUAUUUCGCUGCUCUGCUGGCCCUCCUUCGAAAUGCCGUGUCUGCCACCUCUGUGAAUAAAGACUUGGCUACUUCAGUUGUUUACUUGCUGGAUGUUGUUACUCCAUACGCCCCACAACCCCUCCUUCGAUCGAAGUUCUCACAAAUCCUCACCAACCUCGCCCCUGCGUUGACGUUUGCGGAGGCAGAUGCCCCUCUGCUUCGGCCCUCGAUAGGAUGUUUGGAAUCUUUACUUAUUGCACAGGACUCGGCGGCAUGGGAACUGUCGCAUACACAAAUCGGUCCGCGGCGGGCAAUAGCUGGACUUCUGAAUUUAGCAGUAGACCAUAGGCCGAAGAUCAGAAAGAAGGCGCAGGAAGCAAUUACGAAUGUCCUUAAAAGCCCGCCUCCAAGCCCAUCCUUAGACCAUCCUGCGGCCGAUAUGUGCGCAGAAACGGCCCUCAAGAGCUUAAGUGAUCUUGCGACCCUGUCGAAUCAAUCCAAGAAGAACAAAAAAAAUGUGUCAUCCGAGCACGAGCCGGCGUUAAUACACGCGCUUCAAUUAGUAAAGACGGUUGCUGCAGCUUCGGGUGGGUGGCCAAGCAAAAAGAUCGAGCCGCUGUGCGAGGUCCUCCUACACAUUUCCAAAUCGAGUAACGAAUACAUGGCGAUGGCCGCGUUUGAAAUUUUUGAGAUUAUCUUUGCGGGAAUGGCGGAGGCAACGUCCUCUUCCAAACUUCCCAGGCUUCUCGAGGUCAUCUCAGAACUUCGUCCCUCCCAAAACGACUCCCAACUUCUACCACCAUGGAUUGCAGUCAUCUCCAGAGGUUACGAUGUAUCCGCACAGGUGGAACCCGAAGAGACGUUUCAAAAGCUACCCGAGCUGUUUGAUAUGAUUGCAUCUUUUCUCACUUCAUCAUCCCACAAUAUUCGUGUCUCAGCAUCUGAAUGUUUGAUCUCAUUUAUGGCGAAUUGUGUUCCAGAUUCGGUUUUGUCCGAGCCUUCCAUAUAUGACGAAAAGGUGUUAGAGAAGCUUGCAAAGGCUGCGGUUGAUCUUUUGAGCGUAAAAUACCAGGCUGCUUGGAUGGAAUCGUUCAGUGUUAUGGGCGCCAUGUUCGACGGUCUGCGCUGGCAAGCCGAUCCAAUUCUAAAAGAUGUUGUUCAAACAAUUGGCGAGCUUCGCGGCAACGACUCAUUUACAGGAAAGAAAGAGGCAGACGAGAUUAUUGGAAAAGCUAUCCGGGCUAUGGGUCCCCAAAGUGUACUGAGCAUCCUUCCGCUGAACCUGUUAAAACCAAAGCCUGGACAACCUGGCCGAGCUUGGAUGCUACCCAUUUUGCGUGAAUACGUUAGCAACACCAACCUUAGCAACUUCAAGACCGAAUUCGUACCCCUGAGCGAAAUGAUGUUCCAGCGAGUUAUAGACAAUGGCGACGCAGAGAAAACGAUGGAGAUCAAGAUUUUCGAAACACUAGUCCAACAAAUAUGGGCGCUCCUUCCGGGCUACUGCGAUUUACCUCUCGAUCUGAUUGGCUCUUUCGACCAACCUUUUGCUGAGCUUCUUGCCAACCUCUUGUAUCAACAAGUUGGGCUGCGUUCCGAUAUCUGUAGGGGUCUCCAAACUCUAGUUGAAUCGAAUAAGGCAAUACUAUCGAUCGAGGGGGAGGAGGAUAUUGUUUUGCAGUCCAGAAUAUCCAAAGUUACCGCUCAGAAGAAUAUCGACCAUCUUUCCGGGUUUGCAAGCAAUCUGCUUGCUGUUCUUUUCAACGUCUACAGUGAGACUCUCCCUCAACACAGAGGUCACAUCUUGCAGUGUAUCAAUGCAUACCUAAGCAUUGCUCCAAAUCAGGAGCUCAUGGAUACUUUUGAAAAGGUCACCUCAAUGUUACAGUCUUCCCUUGCAGAAUCUGGGGCACAAACGCAGGCCGAGAAACAGAAACAGAAAGAGCAAAGUGGAACCAGCAAAAUGCCUCCAAUGAGCCAUACUUUGAUGGAUCUGGUUAUCACAAUUUCCAUUUAUUUGUCACGAGAAAGUUUCAGCACUCUGUUCAAUAUCGCAUCACUUAUAAUAAUCAUGGACAGUGAUCCGCAGUUGCAGAAGAAAGCUUACAAGCUAAUUCCAAGACUCGCCGAAUCUCCAACUGGCAAAGAGGCUCUUGCGGAGCGUAGCAAUGAGCUCCAACAAUUGCUUCUGAAUAGUGCCGAAAAGGUUUCCGCUCCUGCUCGAAAAGAUCGCUUAUUAGCAAUCGCCACACUUAUCCCGUUCCUGCCAAAUACGUCUCUCCACUUCAUUCCAUCUAUUCUUUCUGAGGUUGUCAUAUCUUGCAAAGAGGUGAACGAGAAAGCACGGACAACCGCUUUUGACCUGUUGAUAUCCAUGGGGGAGAAGAUCGUUGCAGCCGAGGGCUCGAUCAUUGAUAAUAGCAAAGUACCAAAUAUGCCAGAUGACGCGCCAACAGUUUCUGCAAACCUGGAAGAAUAUUUUACUAUGGUCAGUGCUGGGUUGGCUGGAUCCGCGUCUCACAUGGUUUCGGCAUCUAUUACUGCUUUGACAAGAAUACUGUACCACUUCAGGCAGUCGCUGAAGGUCGAUACGCUUGCCGAGCUGGUUGAGACAAUGGAUUUGUUUCUCACUCAUAAGAAUAGGGAGAUCGUCCGAAGUGUAUUAGGCUUCGUCAAAGUUUGCGUGAUCAGCUUGCCCACAGAACUUAUGCUUCCAAGGUUGAAGACCCUAGUACCAAAUUUGAUGGUUUGGAGCCAUGAACACAAAGCUCAUUUCAAAGCCAAGGUCAAGCAUAUUCUAGAGCGAAUGAUACGUAGGUUUGGCGUCAAUGUUGUAAACCAAAAUUGUCCCGAGGAGGACAGGAAGUUGAUCACGAACAUUCGCAAAACGAAGGAGAGGAACAAGCGACACAAGGAUGCUGCAAAAGAAGCCGGUGAAGGAAGCGACGAGGAUGGUGCAGAGCCCUCAGGUGGCAAGAGAAAAGGUCAUUUCGAGAGCGAGUAUGACGAAGCAGUUUAUGGUAGUGAUGAUGAAUCCGAUGGCUCUGAUAUCUCAGACAACGAAGUGCUGGGGAAGAAGAGAAAAGCCGCAAAGAAAUCUGGAAACACAUAUAUCCACGAAGAAGAGGACGAGCCCCUGGAUCUCCUCGAUCGCAGGGCUCUCGCAAAUAUCUCGACUACUAAACCACUCAAGCAGCGUCUUCCUGGGAAGAAGACUAAAGCCAAGAUGGACCUGGACGGGAAACUUAUCCUUGGCGGUGAUAGCGAUGAUGAGGCAAUGAUUCUCGACACGCCUGCCGACGGCGGAGCAGAAGAUGAUGAGGGCGGUGUGGGUGCAUAUGUCAAGGCUAUCAAAGGCCGUGAUGCUGUACAGAGAGGAAGGGGAGGUAGACUAAAGUUUUCGAAUAAGAGAGGGCAAGACGAAGAUGAUGAGAUGGACGUGGAUGAAGCGGAUGUGAAAGCUAUCAGGAAAACAACUGGUGGUGAUUCUAGGGGCAGCUUUAGAGCUGGCAGAGGUCGUGGCUCACAAAGAGGCGGCAGUGGCAGGGGCGGCAUUGCGAACGGCAGGAGAGGAUUAGGUGAAGAAAAAAGACACGGUAGUUCUGGAAAUAGAGGUGGUGGUCGUGGGGGUAGAGUGAUGAAAUCGCCGAGAGGAAGAGGUCGGAGAUAG